AUGAAGGUGUCAGGUGGUAACGUCAAUUUCAAGACCAUAAGUACUUCUACUUCCCGGCCACCAAAACCCAAAUUGCCGUCGUUUGAAGAGAUAAAAAAAGCAGUGCCAGAAAUAUGUUUCAAAAAAUCAUUGUUCAAAUCAUUGAUUUUUCUUAUUCUUGACUUUGGUAUUUUGUAUGCUUUCUACAGAUAUGUUUAUUUCUUCGAGUCGUUUGGGAUUUGCGGGCUACUGGUCUGGUAUUGUUUCAUGGGAAUGUUUGGGUCAUCUUUAUUUGUGGUUGGCCAUGAUUGUGGUCAUGGUACCUUCUCUGAGUAUACAUGGAUUAACGACUUGUUUGGUCACAUCGCUCACGCUCCUCUUUUAGCACCAUACUGGCCCUGGAAGAAAUCACAUAGACAACAUCAUCAGUACACCUCUCAUAUUGAUAAUGAUAUGGGGCAUCCUUGGAUAUUGGAAGAAGAUUUCUUGAGGCGAGGUUGGAUAUUCCGUCAUUUUUCAAAAUUUCCCCUUUCCGGCUUUAUUCGAUGGAAUCCUAUCUAUACGGUAGUUGGUUUACCGGAUGGUAGUCAUUUUUGGCCUUAUAGUAAGCUUUUCAACAAUAACCGCGAACGAGUGCAAUGUCUUAUUAGUGGCUUGUCAUGUUUGCUUUGUGCUGUGGGAGCUUUUGUUAUAUGUGACUAUAGCUGGUUUUUAUUCAUCAAAUAUUAUUAUAUUUCGUUACUCUUCCAAGGCUAUUGGCUUGUUAUCAUCACUUACCUUCAGCACAAUGAUUAUAGUAUUGAGGUAUAUGAAGAAGGCUAUUGGAGUUACGUUAUGGGGCAGGUGCAAACAAUUGACCGUGUUUACGGUUUUGGUAUUGAUGUGGCAAUGCAUCAUAUUACAGAUGGGCAUGUUGCUCAUCAUUUUUUUUUUACGAAAAUCCCGCACUACCAUUUGAUGAAAGCUACCGCGGCUAUCAAGAAAGUUUUGGAACCCUAUGGAGCAUAUCGCUGUAAAAGUAAUUAUGAUUUCCUAUGGGAAUAUCUGCUACUCAAUGUAAAAUUAGAGUAUCUUGUAGGUAGAGGUACUGGUAUCUUGACUUACGCUAAGAAAAGAAAAAAUGAAUGA